CCUUCCUAGUGUCAUUUUCUUGGUAACAGCUUCUCUGUUUCGUCGCCUGUGAAACACAGAAAGGCAGAGAGUGUGUGGAAGUAAUGGGUUUCACAGCAAAAUCCAAAUCCCGUAGCACCGAAAACUGGGGUAUGGGCUUCUUCCUAGUAUUCUUUCCUGAAGAAACCACCUCCCCCUCCACCUCCACCUCAGCCGCUAGUCCCACUACCACCGCCACUGACAAGUCCAAUUUCGUAUCCUCCCCUUCUUCUUCUUCUCCGGUAAGGUUUAUUAGAAGGAGCAACUCAUCAAAUCCAAUCAUAAUCAAAGCCCAAUCCACAAUCUCAAUUUGCGCUCUCUUUGUCUUCCUCACUCUCCUCCUCUUCACUCUCUCCACCUUCGAACCCACCACAUCCGCCACCAUCAUUUCCUCCCGUAGAUUCCUGUCACUGAAAAUCCCAAUAACCAACAAAACUAAUCAAUUUCCGUCAUUCGCGUUUCACGGAAUGGGUACUCUGUUUAGGAGAGGAACUAGAGCCAUGAACGAGCUUGUUGUUGCUCAUCUAGUUGAGGAUGUUAAAGAAGACCAUUUCAGGCUAUUCUUGAAAACCCUUCACCGGUCCGGUCUCACUGCCAGAGCUGACGUUGUGUUGAUUUUUCAUGGGUCUUCCACAUUUGGGAAUGCUAUUCGAGAAGAGAACGACUUGUUCUUCAAACUCGUUCGAAAUUACAAGGAAUUAAAAGGGGCGAGUCGGAAUUCGAGUUUUGAUUUGGCCCAAUUUGUGAUGAAUGAGAAGAAGGAAAUUGGAGAGCCUCUGUGGGGGAAGAGAAUUCGAAGCAAUUACAGUGAAGUAGGAGAGGAGGAAGACGAAUUCACCGGGUUGAGUUACGGGUCGGUAGUAGGUUUCGAGCCCGGUGAGCUGGACCCGGAAAACUCGCUAUCCGGGUUUCUAGACCACGUUCCUAUGAGCUUGAGGAGAUGGGCUUGCUACCCAAUGCUACUCGGUCGAGUCCGGCGUAAUUUCAAGCAUGUAAUGCUAGUAGACGUGAAAAGGUCGGUGAUUCUCGGUGACCCAUUUGUCCGAGUUAGGAACCGGAGCCCCGAAUCAGUCUAUAUAACAACGAAGCAAGAAAGUAAGCACAGAAACUCGGACAAAACUCAGUCCCAUUCUCAUGUUAAUCCGGCGAUUCUGAUGGGUGGAACUCGGGGAAUCCGCAGAUUAUCGAAUGCGAUGUUGACAGAAAUCGUUCGAGCUGCCAUGCAACGCAAGAAGAAGAACCCAGUGUCCGAGUCGGGGGUUCUGAGUCAACUCAUCAGCAAUGAUUUUAUCUUGAAGGACGUCGUUAGCUUGAUCAAACCGACCGAGUCAAUCCCUGAAGCGAGUUCACUCACUGGGUUAAGUGGACGGGCGUUGUCGGAUUAUCCCAUAAUCCAAAGUGGUAAUGCAUAUAAUGAUAUUAAUUAUAUUAUUAGGAAAUUAAUUUGCUCAUGUGAGGUGGAUGCUUCUGUGUAUAGGGAUUGCUAGUAAAAGAAAUGCAUACAGUUUUGUUUUCUUUCUC